AUGGGGACCACUGUAGCUCUGCUGGUGAUGCUGUUCUGUCUGUCUGGAGCAUGGGCUCAGUGAGAAAGUGGAGGAGUCAGAGAGAUUAAAUCACUCAACAGGGGGCAGAGCAGGUUGAGUGAGUUUCAGAUCGAAAGUAGAGGGACUAACCCACAAGCAGACGACCAGCGGCCAGACCACCACCACCGCUGACAUCUGGACUGAGCUGAAAGAGCUGAUAGACAUGGUGGUGCAAGAGAGUGGAGCUGAGGAACAUGGAGGCCAGACUGGAGAGAGAGAGAGAGAGAGUGCAGGUAUUGUACCUUGUAUGAAUAUGGAAGUUAAUGUGGUUUAUCAAGUGGAGUUGAGAUAAUUGAUUUCUUCCCAUAAUUCCAACACACGCAGUGGAGCUGUCAGCCAUGGUGGCCAGAGUGACAGCCAGUGAGAGAAUGGUGGAGGAACUAGAGAGAGAGAGAGAGAGAGAGAGAGAAUUAUGCAGGUAAAAUACACCUUUCAAUGGAAGAAUGUAUACUGAACAAAAAUAUAAACACAACAUGUAAAGUGUUGGUCCCAUGUUUCAUGAGCUGAAAUAAAAGAUCCCAGAAAUUUUCCAUAUGCACACAGAUUUCUCUAAAAUGUGUUUACAUCCCUGUUAGUGAGCAUUUCUCAUUUGCCAAGAUAAUCCAUCCACCUGACAGGUGUGGCUAAUCAAGAAGCUGAUUAAACAGCAUGAUCAUUACACAGGUGCACCUUGUGCUGGGGACAAUAAAAGGCCACUCUAAAAUAUGAAGUUGUCUCACAACACAAUGCCACAGAUGUCGCAAGUUUUGACAGAGCAUGCAGUUGGCAUUGCUGACUGCAGCAAUGUCCACCAGAGCGGUUGCCAGAGAAUUGAAUGUUCAUUUCUCUACCAUAAGCCACCUCCAAUGUCAUUUUAGAGAAUUUGGCAGUACGUCCAACCGGCCUCACAACCGCAGACCAUGUGUAACCAUACCAGCCCAGGACCUCCACAUUUUGCUUCUUCACAUGCAGGAUCGUCUGAGACCAGCCACCCGGACAGCUGAUGAAACUGAGGAGUAUUUAUGUCUGUAAUAAAGCCCUUUUUGUGGGGAAAAACGAAUUCUGAUUGGCUGGGCCUGGCUCCACAGUGGGUGGGCCUGGUUCCCAUGUGGGUGGGCCUAUGCCCUCCCAAACUCACCCAUGGCUGAGCCCCUGCCUAGUCAUGUGAAAUCCAUAGAUUAGGGCCUAAUUAAUUCAUUUCAAUUGACUGAUUUCCUUAGAUGAACUGUUAUUUAGUAAAAUUGUUGCAUGUUGCAUUUAUAUUUUUGUUCAGUAUAAAAUUAUUUGUAUUUUGUACAGGACAAAGUCCAUUGUUUGUGUGGUUCUUCUAAUCCCAGCACAAGAAUUGGAGCUAUCUGCCAUGGAGGCCAGAAUGACAGCCAGUGAGAGAACGGUUGAUGAACUGGAGAGAGAAUGCAGGUAAUGGAAUUGUGACACAGUUGAGAAUAUUCUUAGUUUAAGCCUAAUCUAUGGUUUUAAAAAAUGUAGACACUGUCUGAAAUUACCCUUUGUUCACCAAUAGACCAAAGCUGGCCUUCUCCGCUGGUUUAGGCCUAGAAGCUGUAGGACCCACACUUACACAGUGGUCUACAGUAGAAUUAUCACCAACAUUGGCAAGGCUUACAACCCAACUACAGGCACUGAUCACAUUAACCUACUCACUCUGAAUCUAUCUACAGUCUAACAUUACUAUAAGUGUCAAUGAGAGACGGACAGUGCUGAUAUCACCUUGCUUCUCCUUUAAUACAGUUAUCUUCACAUCACCAGUGAGAGGAGUCUACUACUUCAAAUACACUGUCAACGAUUGGAGCAGUUCUCAUUAA